CAUUCUCACUUUUAUGAACGCAUAUACUGUAGAUUAUAUUUUAAAGUGCCAUGGGUAGGCGAUCUUCCAGGUCAAGGUCCCCGUCACGGCGGCGAGAAGCGGCGCGCAACACAAGGGAAGCGCGCCGCAAUGAGAGCACUGCCAAACGAGCUAAAGACAGUGUUAUUGACCGUCAUGCCGCAUGGAAGCCAAAGGCUAGUCGACGUGGAGCAAGUGAUGUGCGUGAUAAGUCAGCAGCCGUUAAGAAGCUUAAGGAGGAACAGGCAUUCAUUGAUAAGACAGCACUACUACCCGUAUUCACGACCUUAGAUCUUAUAUUCGUCAUCAGUUGCUAUCUAUUGACAUAUAAAGAUGACAACAUGCUCCCUAUGAACAUAUAUGAAAUGCGAAGAGCCAUAGCUCAAACAUACCAGGGACCGCACAGACUAAGGUUCAACACAGUUUGUACAAUGAGCAACAUGUGCCAUGUACUGCGCCACUUGUCGAUGGGAUCAGGGUCAUCGAAAACUGCUGACCCAAUUGGACUACAUGAUGCAACUGAAUUGGAUGAUGAUCAGGGAUUCAUUGACAUUGAGGAUCGAAGCGACCCAGGGGAAGCUACUAUCAGUAGUGUCAACAAUGAACUGUCCAGUUCCUUGGAUCAGUACUUCAAAUCGUUACCAGUAGCACACGAUGAAUCUUUCAAGGAAUUUGAUGUGUUUAACCCAAUGGUGCAACUUGAGCUGCUCGACAACGUGUUGUGUGUCACCGGGGUGAAAAUGCUGCAACUGAGGCGACUUAUCAUAAAGAACCGGAAGAAGCGACGUGUAGUAGACUUGGGUGAUGACGUAAUGGAAUCGUAUUACAACACUAAUGACCAAGUGGAUGCUACCCAUGAGGAAGGUGUACCCAAGAGCGAAACAGCCAUCCCGGAGCCUAGAGCGCCAGAGGAGGGCACCCUAGAAAAUGACACUGCUACUUCAGGUGAUUUAGUACCAACAGGUACGGCACAGUCAUACGAUCUAGAUGGGCUAUAUAAGGUCAUUCACCAAAAUACAGCCCGGGAUGUUACAAGACUAUCGCACUUUCAACUACAUGAACAAAGUGGAUUCAGGGAUAUAUGCGCAUUCAGCACCAAGGCUGACUGUAGAAUGCAGAAUCCAAUGGCACAUAUCUGUAAAAAAAUACACUUUAAACGGAUCAUAUUACCCAACACAAUGGUUCAGCUUGGUGAUUGUUCAUAUUUGGAUACAUGCCGACAUAUAGAAACAUGUAGGUUUGUUCACUACCAAGUGGAGAGUGAAAUUUUACCGAGACCACCAGUUGACCUGGUGUCCAAAGGACAGUGGAUAUGCUGCGAUGUACGGAAGUUAGAUUUCUCCAUAUUCAACCCGUUCGUAUCAGUAGUCAUGGCAGACCCGCCAUGGGAUAUACACAUGGACCUGCCAUACGGAACAAUGAAGGAUUCCGAGAUGAAGCAUUUAAAAGUGCAGAACAUACAAAAUGAAGGGCUGCUGUUCCUAUGGGUCACCGGUCGUACGCUAGAAGUGGGUCGUGAGUGCAUGGAAACUUGGGGAUAUAGACAACUGGAUGAGAUUGUAUGGGUCAAGACUAACCAGCUGCAACGGAUCAUACGAACUGGCCGCACGGGUCACUGGAUUAACCACUCCAAGGAGCACUGCCUAAUAGGAAUCAAGGGCAACCCCGUGAUCAACAGGUUUGUGGAUUGCGAUGUGCUGGUAUCAGAAGUACGAGAAACGUCGAGGAAGCCAGAUGAAAUAUAUGGACUAAUAGAACGAGUGGCACCAGGGUCACUCAAGUUAGAAAUAUUCGGACGUAGCCACAAUGUACGUAAUAACUGGAUUACACUAGGUAACCAACUGGAUGGAUAUAAACUGACACACCCAGAAAUAAAGAAACGUUAUGAAGCACACUUGGCACAGUCCGAUAAUAACACACAGGAAACAACAGAAGAAAGUAAUCAAAAACAAGAUUAAAAUAGUAUAUCAGGCCUCUAUGGUAAUGGACGUUUCGCCAUUACAUUGUAGAAGUCGUCGAAGGACAAAAGGCCAUCACCAUUGGAAUCCGAUCUGUUGAUCAUGUCACGCAAUUCCUCAUCCGAUAUGAAUUCACCCAA